UGUUCACUUGCGUUCAAUUACAUUCGAACAAGUACACUGUAGGUAGCUUUCAAUCCAGUCUUCCGAUGUCUUCGAUCAAGUGCUUGGAUCAAUGGAUCCAAAACGCAUCCAAUGGUCAGCUUUUGCGUGAAACUGAAAUUCAAAGCCUUUGUGCCAAGGCCAAAGAAAUUUUCAUCAAUGAAUCCAACAUUCGGUCGGUUCAAUCUCCGGUGACGAUUUGCGGCGAUAUUCAUGGUCAAUUCUAUGACCUUGUGGAACUGUUCAUGGUGGGAGGAAAGUGCCCGGACACAAAUUAUCUUUUUAUGGGCGACUAUGUGGAUCGAGGUUAUCAUAGUGUGGAGGUCAUCACAUAUUUAGUCGCUCUGAAGAUUCGCUAUCCAGAUCGAAUAACCAUUCUCCGAGGGAAUCACGAAACUCGCAGUACCAGUCAAAUUUAUGGGUUUUAUGAUGAGUGCUUGCAGAAAUAUGGCAACGCUAAUGUGUGGAUGUAUUUCACCGAUCUGUUUGACUAUUUCCCUUUGAGUGCGCUGAUCAACGACGAGUUCUUCUGUCUCCAUGGUGGAUUGAGCCCCAACAUCGACAGACUGGAUCAAAUCAGGACUUUAGACAGAAUCCAGGAGAUUCCCAAUGAGGGGCCAAUGAGUGAUAUGUUAUGGUCAGAUCCCGAGGAUGACACCGUUGGAUGGGGAUUGUCUCCUCGAGGAGCAGGUUAUCUCUUUGGGUGGGACAUCACGGAAGCCUUUAAACGCACAAAUAGACUCAAACUAGUGGCCCGAGCCCAUCAGAUGGUCAUGGAUGGAUAUUACUGGAAUCAUGAGAAAUCCAUGGUAACCAUAUUCUCAGCACCCAAUUAUUGUUACAGAGCGGGAAAUCAAGCGGCAUUAAUGGAGGUGAAUGAAGGCAUGGAUUAUCAGUUCAGCCAAUUCGAUUGUUCCCCAAGGCAAAAAGAGACAUCCAAGGCCAAUCCUCGUCUACCCUCUCAAAGAAUUCCCGACUACUUCCUCGCAGACGAUACUUUAAAUGGGCCCCUUCUUUCAUAAUUUUAGUGCAAAACCCAACUUCGUUGGAUUUUAAACACGAUUCUAAAUAAACUAAAGUUUCUUCGA